UGUGCAAUAAAGAAGGUGGUAUCACCCAGGGAAAGGUAACCGGUUACGUUAUGGUUUCACGGCUAUAUGUAAAUUCAUAUUGCGUCGGUCCAUCAUCCUAUCGACCUCGACCCGAUGAGUCACUUAAUAAAGCGGAACUCUCCCUAUUGGGUGGAGGGAGUACAGAACAAAUAUUACCAUUUUUAAAACUGCUAUCUAUCUUUUUGCACUGACAUAACUGACAUCAUCCAUUCUCGGCUUUUGAGUUCCAGAGUUCCAGAGUUCCUGGUGGUAUUUCUCAUACUACUAAGAACCUUCCCUGUUUGCGUUCCCAUGAAAGUGCUAACAUCAGUCCGAUUAACACCUCUUACGAAGAGGGUGGUGCAUUUUGGGGUGAUUUUUUUUCUUCAUUACCACCCUGCUACAUGCGUCAUAAUGCAAACACUCUCACACACACCUGUUGGCUUUUAUGCACCGAUUAGGAAAGUGCUUUGCGUGCUUUUUUAUUUCGCGAUUUGGUUAAUGAGCCCAACAAAAUGAUGAAGGGAAAAUCACACACACGGAAACACACGGUGCCUGAAGGUACAAUGCACGAUUGCAGUAUCGCAAAAUUUUAUCGCUUUUCAUACUGAUAAUUAUCAACCGAUGAGGUGUAGAGCAAUGCAUAUUUGUGGCGGGCGUAUAUGACAAGGGCGGCAACUCUUGUGGACCGAUGAAAAAGACAUUUUCCCUUCGCUACACUUUCAUGCUACCCAUUGUCUCCCGGUAUCGGUCGGAUUUCUAAUCCUGAUGAUUGAUUUUAGCAGCAAUUUUGUAACGCUCCGUUGCACAAGACUCCACUCGAACAACGCGAACCGAUAUCGUUCGGUAAAUGUGUGUUUAACAGACCAGUUACAGGCGACACCCCGGGGAAGAGGUUGCUUUUUUCUCGGUGCGUUAUCUUUUGUAGUGGACAGAUUAACGGCGUUAAACAACCCGAUACUAGGCGGUAUGGAAGUCAUGUGGCUCAACACCCAACAGAAAGGAAAUAUUUCGAAAAUGUAAAUUCGAAUGUCAACUACGAAUUGGGGCGCCGUUUUUCAAAAAGGGGAAAUUAAAAGCUUUUAGAGCGAAGCCGUGCAAUUAUGCAUACAACAUAGAAAACUUGUCGUAAAAUAAUAAAAAACUUAUUUUAAUUCCUUAUCGUGUAAUGGUACGUUGAGUGAAUUAUUUCGUACUGCUAGUCAGAUUCGUUUGAAAUAAGGAAAUUGUAAAAUGGAACCAUGGAGACAACGUACAGACAAACGACAUAACCCUCUCAAGGAGACCUUUGUUCUGGUGAAUGACUUAGUUCAAAGCGGAUUGUGCGUCCAAGCAGACCGUAAAACGGUCAUGUUUAUUGUGGCACAGUCGCCACACUGUCCAACUCCAGACACGAUUUCCGACGCAUUACUUAAACACGACCCAAUAAUAAUACUUUUCCUGUACCACCACAAAACCUCUCAUAUCAUAAAACAAUUAUUUAUGGCCGUAAACUGUGGUUCGAGCAGUUUAAUAUCGAGUUCCAAUCACGGUACAAUGUGAAACGCGAACAAUCAAGUAUCUAUCGAUGGAUGGGACCCGAAAGGGUAGUGUGUAUUGUUAUGGACCAGCAAAACCUUGAAAAGCCAUAAGUGCCUUCACGCUGGCGAAAGGUGGUGCAGCUUCUUCAAUUGACAAAAACGUUAACGUGACAAUCGUAUCACGUUGCGCCUUAUCGGAACGUGUAGCACCAUGUAUCAAACGGCAAAGGAAGUGAUCUAAUUGGAACGCUAGUAAAUGUUCCACUUGCCAUCCAAGUUAGGUUCGGAAAUUACUCCUUUUGUAAGAUUUCCUCGAUGUUUCUUGAAGGUCACUCUCACUCUUCACGAAAGUAGACAUCAAUAUAAGACCUGUAUAAUAAUCUUCAGGGUGUAAUUUUUAUCGCCUACCGGUGGAAAGGGCUUGAAAGGGACAGUUUGAUGCGUUCCAAUGCACGCGAAAGGAAAAUCUUGCUUCCAAAGAUGGUGGAGAAGUGCAUCACGGCGAUCAUAAAAACAAAAUACUCUCGGCGAUCAGAUGAUCGCGCUCGGCCGGCAUCAUAACGCGAGUGGUUUGUCCAAUCGUUUUGAUGUUGUUGUUUUCCUCCCAUCAUCAUCCAAGCUCUAGGGUGAGAAACGAUUCAAUAACUCCUAUCUCUACCGAUCGUUCCGGAACUAUUAGAUGCGCCUCGUUUGUCCAACGCUCCCUUGUUGUUGUGGAUGCGGAUAGUAAAUAAAAUGCAUUAUACGCAUCGCGGGAGCACAAGCUUCACACGGCGAAUGCACGCAAUGCGCUACCGUGGUCGCUUUUUAAAAGCAGAUGUAUAAUUAUGGGAAAACGGCGCCUCUUAUCAUAGUGCUAAUAGCAACAGGCUUUUUGUUUACCCCAAAUUUAUUGGUGUGAGUAUGAUCAAUUAGAUUAACACCUUCGAUUGUUUAUUGCACGUGCUGUUAAGGAGAUUAUAUUAGACAUAAAUCCAGGAAAAAAAGGUUUUUAUCUCUAGUCAAGAAUGAUCAUUUUUAUUCAACAUCUUUCGGAGUAUUUGACCACGAGCGAAGCUUACCAUUUAGCGAGUACAUGUUAAUUGUACUCCGGUGUUUAAUUCUCAACAUUUCUGUACAGUUUCUUGCUGUAAACAAGCUCAAAAUCCUUCGCUUCCCAUUGCACACAAACCCGUUAAAAAUGGCGCAUUUUAAUGUAAAUAGCACACGCUUUGCUACCACUCUAUUAUGACAGUACUAAGCAGCAUGGAAGGUUUACUUCUUUUUGCUUGCAUCGUCUUCUUCACGUCACUUUGCUGGCUCGAAUCACUGACAUUUCAUCCAAACAUCAGUCGGCAGUUGAUCCUGCUGGAUGCUGUUUUGCUGCAGAAAGUAACGAAAUUUUAACGUUGUUGAGUGCCAGUUGUUUCUAUGAUAACAGUGAACACAUAAUUAUCGUAUUAACGAAACGGAUUAAGUGUGGAACUAAUCACGUGCUGUGUAAAUGUAAACACAACCAUUGAUCAAUCAAGCAAAGGGGAAAAAAGCAUGCAAACACUAAGCUGCGAACGGUGGCCAGGACGCGAAAUGGAGCGAGGACUACACGAUCGCGAUCGGGUAGGUCUGCAAGAUCAGGUGCUGCUGGAGAACUAUCAAAGUGAGGAUGCGUUCAUCGACAAUCUGAGGAAACGGUUUCAGGAGAACCUUAUCUAUACCUAUAUUGGCCAUGUCCUGAUAUCGGUAAACCCGUACAAGGAGCUCCCGAUCUACACCGAGAGUGACGUCAAAGAGUACCGGAAGCGACACUUUUUCGAGGCUCCGCCACAUGUGUUUGCACUGAGCGACAACGCGUACCGCUCGCUGACGGAGGAAAACCGAGGCCAGUGUAUUUUAAUCUCGGGCGAAAGUGGUUCGGGAAAGACGGAAGCAUCGAAAAAGGUGCUACAGUUCAUAGCGGCUGCCACCGGGCAUACGCACAAUGUCGAGGGUGUCAAGGAUAAGCUGCUGCAGAGCAAUCCGGUACUGGAGGCGUUCGGCAAUGCGAAGACAAACCGUAACGAUAACUCGUCCCGGUUCGGCAAGUACAUGGAUGUGCAGUUUGACUUUGUCGGCGUGCCGGAAGGUGGUAACAUUCUGAACUAUCUGUUGGAAAAAUCGCGCGUUAUACAUCAGAGCGGUGGGGAAAGGAAUUUCCACAUCUUCUAUCAAAUGCUGGCUGGAGCGGACGAUAAUCUGUUGCGGGAAUUACAUCUUAAGAGAAAUCUGGAUACGUACUACUAUCUUAGUGAUGGGGCUAAUGGUAAUGUGCCGAAUAUCCGUGAUGCGGACAACUUCCGUGUCGUGCAGAAAGCGAUGACCGUUAUUGAGAUCCUGGAUCAGGAACAGCGACAGAUUCUUGAUAUUGUGGCUGCCAUACUGCAUAUGGGCAAUGUAGGUUUCACGGAGGAGGAAGGCAAGGCGAAAAUCCUUAAACCAGAAUCAGUGACGGCGAUUGCCAAGCUUCUAGGAUGCAACGAGGAGCAGUUGACGAACGCAUUUACCCACCGAACGAUUGAGGCGCGUGGAGAAAUAGUGACGAGUCCGCUGAACCGCGAUCUAGCAAUCUAUGCCCGUGAUGCCCUAGCAAAGGCCGUGUACGAUCGCCUAUUUACCUGGCUGGUGUCACGCAUCAACACCUCACUGCAUGCGGCAGAUCUGGCCAAAAAGAACAGUGUGAUGGGUAUAUUGGACAUUUAUGGAUUUGAGAUAUUCAAGAAGAAUAGCUUCGAACAGUUCUGCAUCAACUUCUGCAACGAAAAGCUGCAGCAGCUGUUUAUUGAGCUAACGCUGAAGCAGGAGCAGGAAGAAUAUCUGCGCGAAGGCAUUGAGUGGGUGCCGGUUGAGUACUUCGACAACAAGGUGAUCUGCAACCUGAUCGAGGAAAAGCACAAGGGUAUUAUUGCACUAAUGGACGAGGAAUGUCUGCGACCGGGCGAUCCAACCGAUUUGAGCUUCCUCACGAAGAUGAACGACAAUCUGGGUUCGCAUCCGCACUACAUUUGUCACAGCCGUGCUUCGACGACCGUGCAGAAAACGAUGGGUCGCGAUGAGUUCCGGCUGGUGCAUUAUGCCGGUGAUGUCACGUACAGUGUGCAUGGCUUCCUGGACAAGAACAACGAUUUAUUGUUCCGCGAUUUGAAGGAGGCAAUGGCGGAGUGUAGCAACGGUAUCAUCAAAAGCUGUUUCCCUGCAUCCGAUAUCGGUAGCAAACGGCGUCCAGAGACGGCUGUAACGCAGUUCAAGAAUUCGCUCAACAACCUGAUGGACAUUCUGAUGUGCAAGGAACCAUCGUACAUUCGGUGCAUCAAGCCGAACGACCUGCAGACACACAGCCAGUUCGAUGUGGAGCUAGUACGGCAUCAGGUCAAGUACCUCGGAUUGAUGGAGAAUUUGCGCGUAAGGCGAGCGGGUUUCGCUUACCGCCGUACGUACGAACUGUUCCUGCAGCGGUACAAGUGUCUCAGUAAACAAACCUGGCCACACUUCCACGGUCCGGCAAAGGAUGGUGUGCAGAUACUGGCGGAUGAGUUGGGUUACGAGAAGGAGGACUAUCGCAUGGGCAAGACGAAGAUUUUCAUUCGCUUCCCGAAGACGCUGUUCGACACGGAGGACGCGUUCCAGGCGAAGAAACAUUAUCUGGCCUCGAUCAUACAGGCCCGAUGGAAGGGUCGCCGACAGCGACAUGCAUAUCUGGCGAUUCGCGCUAAAAUCAUCGUCGGCCAGACGUAUAUUCGGCGUUAUUUGGCUAUUCAGGAGCUGAAACGACGCCGCGAUGCUGCGGCAAAGAUUCGCUUCUUUAUCAAGGGCUUCAUCACACGGCACGACGAACCGAACGAGUGCAACCGGUCCUUCAUACAGCUAACCAAGCGUCACUGGUUGCUGAAGCUGGCGAAAAGCCUGCCGGAGACGUUCAUGAGCCACACCUGGAUAGCGGCACCGAAGCACUGCCAGGAGGCAUCGAUACUGUUGCGCAAAAUACACAAACUGCACCUUGCCCGCUGCUAUCGCGUGGGUUUGAAUGCGGAAAAGAAACGCCAGCUCGACCUGAAGGUCCUGUCGGAGGCGGUGUUCAAAAACAACAAACGCAACUACCCGGAAAGCAUCGGACCGUGGUUCGUGGAUGAUCGUAUAUCGAAGCAACACGCCACGCAAAUAUCCAACUUUACCGUCACGCAAAUGAAUGGUGAAAAGUUGCACUACUCCACACCGGUCGUGAAGUAUGAUCGACGAGGUUACAAACCCCGCGAACGCUUUUUCCUCCUGUCCAGCAAGGCGGUUUAUCUGCUCGAUGGAAAAACGUACAAACAGAAGCACCGGCUGCCGCUCGACAAGAUCGACUUUUGUAUUACGAACGAGCGGGACGGUAUUAUGCUGAUACGGAUUCCGCUCGAGCUGAAAAAGGACAAGGGCGAUCUUAUACUGGACAUUCCGGACAUCAUCGAGUGCUGCAUCUGGAUACUGGAUGUUACCAAAAAUCGCAACAUCAUUAACAUCGUUGACACGGGCUCGCUGUCCCACAACCUAGUCAGAGGCAAGACUGGCGUCAUCGAAAUACAGACGGGUCCGCAGCCCAGCAUCACACGGGCGAAGAGUGGAAAUUUGUUAGUUAUUGCUGGCCAAUAACCAGAUGCGUUGAUCAUCCUACGAAGCGAGACGAUGGACGUUUAAAAAUAGAAAUUAUUUAGGUACGAACAAGCAAAUCGUAAGCGCAACUCGCGAAAUAGACGAUGAAUGGGAACAACUACGCUCACACACAGGACCUGCACACCAGACAGCGGACUGUAACUGGAGAACUAAUUUAUAAAGGGGUGCAAAAAAAACGGGAACACGUAACAUUGCGCGCCUUACCAUUUGAUGUGAUUAUUUUGCAGUUUUCAACCCCAAAAAAGAUGCCGAAUUUUUGCAAAAUAGGGAUAAAAUCGAAGAAUAAGAUUAUUGAAAAAAAACGGUUUAAAAAAAGGGGUCGUUCAUCAGCGGACAAAACCUGUAGACACACGCGCACACGUGAACGGUUGUGAAAAGGGAUCGGAAUUCGGCAGCAUUUCAUAUCGAACGUCGCACAUCACCUAUAUAGUGCUAUCCGAGUGUGUGUUAGGUGUAAAAGGUUUUUUUUUUGCAAGGGGGUUGAAAUUUUAAAAUGUUAAAAAAAUCGACCCAAAAAUCGUACACGCGGUCGUCGCCCUCGUAUGCACCCUGGCAGGAAGUUGUAGGGGCGAAAGCAAAAUCAUGUGUGACACAUUUUGCAAACGGAUAGCGGGAACGCAACGUACGCGCCUUGUGUUGCUGUCCAUGUGAAAUAGAAAAGUGCCAUUAGCAUUUAGAGGAGUGUUUGCCAGCAGCAGCGCGAAUGUGCGCGAAGUUGUAGGAGGGGUUGGAAUUAGUUUUUCUUUCUUUCGGGUAAAAAAAACGGAGAAGAAUUGUAAUGUUUGAACAGUUUUACAAAAAAAAACUGCUUACUAGCGAAAAGCAGAGCGCAACUAUUGACGCCACAAGUGAUUCUUAUCGUAGGUUAAGCGAGUUUACAACAAAACAACAGCCUAGUAGCAUUAAAUGAAUGUUAACCGAUGUAAUCGAUCGAAAUGUAGUACAGUUACAAAACACAUGUGGUAAGGAAAAUUGAAACGAGCCGCGGUGGCCGUUUUUUGGGUGAUUAUGCCGUUAUCAGAAUUUAGUUAUUUCUCUUAGUUUUUAAACCUUCCCGACACCCACACCUUCACCCUACCGCGGAAUGAAAGAUGGCGGCUUUGUACUUCCUUUUUUAUUAUUAUUAUAUUUUUAAUUCUCAAAAACC